AUCAGGUCAAAUUAAAGUCCGAUGGUAAAAGUCUCGGCUAGAAUUCGCUUAUUAUCGCGCAGAAAGUGACGAGGGCUUCCUUGUAAUAGAAAGAUUUAUAACGCUUCUUUAUCUUUUCGUAGCCCAAAUCCACAAACUGAAAUAUCGCGUUGCUUUGUUCUUUUCAGAAAUCCCGCACCAUGUCCACUAGCACCAGCACCCGCCGUUUGGCCGCGAUCGCCCGGAUUUGGCGGGAAUUCCGAGCCAUUGACAGAGAUUUUCAAAAAGAAACCGGGAUCCGCGUGGAAGUCAUUGACGAUGAGCAUAGUCCUUUCGAGUGGCACGUGACACUUUCACCGACCUCAGGGAAUUAUUACGGGCUGAAAAACCUGCACUUGGUGCUCACCUUCUCGGAGCGCUACCCGGAAGAACCUCCGACGGUGAACCUUUCUUCCUACAUCCCGCACUCCAACAUCGUACCUCACCACGGCAAUGCGCGGAACUUCCUCUGCACCGAUUUAUUGAAAAACUUCGACUGGUUCAUGGGACAAGGCACCAUGGACAAGCGAGCUACUACCCGCGGCGUCGGCAAAACUUCUGCUUCCUCCAUGGGCUGGUCGCCGGCCUACAGUAUGCAGGCGCUGCUGGUGCAAAUCCAGGCCUUCCUCUUCGACGAGUGGGUUUUGAACUACGACGACCGCUUUAAACACACGCUCUGGGACCGCGUGUGCGAGGAGGGGGGCGGCCGACGACCGAAGUCGGAAGUUUGCAAAAAGCUGCACGAGACGCAGAAGAACGUGGCUGGGUUUCAGUGUACCAAGUGCUCGCUAGUGCACGAUCGUACCCCAGCGCCAGUAGCACUGGAAGGCACGGGAGAUAGUCCAGGUCUCCUCGGCGGAAGCGCGUUUUCCGCAUCGACCUCUUCACUACAGGAACUCGUCGACGCGGCGCCAGCUUGCGCCAAUUCAUUGGUAGAGGACCUAGCGACGUCUCGCAUUCCGGGCGUGGGUUUGCCGGGCGACAUCGUCGCUUUCGUCGCGGUGCUUUCGAAGAAAAAGCCUUCGGAAGCCGCGCGUUUUUUGGUCGAGUGCAGUUUUUUCGAGAUCGAAGAAGAGAACAAAGCUAACUACAAUAAGUUUCUUACGUCUCUCCGUCCAUGCAAUGCCUCGCAUGUGAUUGCUCAAGCUGCAGUGGGGGAAAUGAGAGAGGCGCUGCGACAUACCCGAUUUUCGGACAAACUGCCAGGUGCUCAGCGUGCAGCGGGAGAAGAUACAGGACCACUAAACGUUUCCGCAUUGCGGCGGCAGAUUGAAACUGCAGCUCGGCGUGUCAUCCAGCAAAUAGUGGCGCGGCAUCGCUUUGCUGACGGCACGGUGACCAAUGCGACUACAAUCGCACCGGGAAGAGCUGCUCAUCCGGCGAUGCACAGAACGCGUCACGCGUUUUUCCUCGAAAAGGAAGUGAUGCUGCGACUGAGUCUGCCCCUGUGGUCGACUUGCAAAUUUGAUGUGGUGUUUCGGCCUGCUGCAGCAUCUUUUUCUUUCCCAGUCCUGCAGGCGGCCGGAAACGAGAUUGGUGCAGAAGCUGUCGACAGCCUUACGCUCUUGCCGCAUGCGAAAGCUGCCACUGUCACCCCGGUGCCUGCGGACGCGGAUAUGAAACUCAUCUGCGCGCUGGAGCCUCUAGCAUUUCAACCACUGGGACGGCAGGCCUAUCAGCGGCAACUGAGCAGCUUUCCGAUGCGGGAAUUGCGUUGUUCGAAUGAGUACGCUCUUUCCACUUCUCGCGCAUUGAACCAUGAUAGUCACGAUCGCAUUUACAGCGAACCGCCCUGGGAGCGCGCUCUCCCGGAAAAGCCGAAUCUUUCGUAUGAGGAGUCGUCGCUGCUCCGGCGCGAGAGGGAGGCACUGUUCGUGGAGGAAUGGGAAGCCGAGCGGAACAAGAAACUUGAGCUCCGGUUCGAAGAAAGAUGCAAGAGUCGCCAGCUAAUCUCUGCGGUUGGGUACGACAAUGGCGCAGAUCUGGGCAGCAGGGCGGGCAUUACCGGAAACCCAAUCUCUAAAAGCGUCAACACGAAGGUGAUUCUCCCCCGUGACGAAAAAAAUCUGCGCAAUGCUGGACCAGCUCAGCUUGACGCCCAGGAGCUCUUUCGCCCCAACCGUGCGAUAUCCGAGAAUGUUCGAUAUCUCGAAACGGUUUCGAGCGAACCCAAAGCGACUCUGCGAACACGAAAAGCGGAUCCGGAUGCCGGCGACGUCGCCGAGUUCCUGGAACUUUUUCCUGAAAUCGUCGCGGAAGUUUUACUGCCGUUCUUCACACACACUGAUCUGCACGUGCUGCUGGAUGUGUCGCAAGACUGGCGCAAGUUAUCCGACGAGCGCUUGACGUUGUUUUUCGAGCGGCCGCAGUUUUUGAAAUGCUUCUACACCAAAAAAAUGUAUGAAGAAGAUGCGCGACGAGGACACGCAACCAGAGUGCCAGUUUCUGGUUUGGCACCAGAUCAUGCGCUUUUCUCUCGUACUAGUCCGCGCCCUUCUCCCGUACCGCUGGAAGACCUCCUUGGCGUCGGCUUGCAGCUGAACGCGACCGGGCACGGCGACACGCAGCAGUUUUGCUGUAUCUACGACUUGCUUUCACACAAAGCGUUCCACGAUCUGCGUGUGAGAAAGGCGCCGUUGGGCGAGGCGAUCGAUUUUUGGCUCCCUGUUGCGCUAGACCGGAGGCAUUUUGACAGCGCAAUGGGCUUCUUGGAGGGGUGCUUGCUGGAAUUGUAUCAACUGCGUAAGCGAACAACGACCACAAGCAGCCGGUUCGGUGCGGCGGGAAUUCUAGGGGCCAAAAGUUAUGGCCGUGACCUAGCUGAACCUGAAGCAACGGGCGGGGGAACAAGAUUGCGGUCCGCGCUCGCCCCCUCCGACGAGGCAGAAAAAGACAAGAGCCCAAGCAGCAAUCGUUUUCAUCUGUUGCUAGACACGUCGACCUCAGACUCGGAGUCAAAUCUUCAGGGUGAUUGUGAAAUGGCAGAGAAGUUCUUUUCGGGAACAGAGGAUCACAGCGACGCGGACGAAAUCCGGAGCCACGAUUUCGCAGAUUCCGCAGGGUCCGGAGCUGAGGGUGAGGACGAUGCCAACGAUCUCGGAACCAAUUGGGUGGAAGUUCGGCACAACGGCUCCGCAACGAAGCAGCCGCGGUUCCUCGCCAUCUCUUCCGUGUCGGAGAAGUUGAUAGUCAAGCAACAAUCGUCCUCGAGGAAAGCCAAAAGCCCCCGUUUUGAGCAACUGCACUAUGACAGCAAAGCGCAGGAACAGCUCUGCCAUGGCGUGAAACUGACCAAGCAAGUGGAGCAGUGCUUCGUCAAGUCUGUGCUGUACACUUAUUUGAAGCUCAUGAACGGCCAACUGGUCCAUCUGAUGAAGGGGGACGUUUUUGCUUCGGAAAAAGCGCUCGCCGGGUACCUGGGUUUUCACCACUCGUUUCUUCUGCUCUGCGAGGAGAAGCCCAUGCUACGGCGGCAGAUUGACGUGAUUCUGAAAAACUUCAUCCAGCACGAAGACUUUCGGAGCAAAGCAAACGUGCCGGACCUGGGCGAGUUUCUCUGCCUGCUUUCCGUGUCGAACAGUUUUGACUGGCACGACGUGGUGUUGCCGCUUUUCGAGGAAUCCGCGGCCCGGGCGAUCAAGUGGGUAUUCGACGAGCACAAGCAGUGGACCCUGCGCCGCUGGGAGCAGAGCUACGACUUGGACACCCGGUUGAAGCACCUUUUCCAGCACACCGUGGUCGGACGCAGGCUGCUCAUGUUUCAUUACUGGUUCUUGACCAAGGUGGCCCGGAAGCCGCACGUACACGAAGAAGUUUCGUCCAACGGAGGUGAAGCUGCGACAAAUAAAAUAAAGACAGUGUGCACAGCAGCCUCCUGUGCCCUGCACGCCUACGAGCGGACCAAGGGCGUGCCUGCACCCUCGUUAGUAGCGGAGUUGCGGCAGCAAGUGAAGGAACUCACGUCGAACACGGCCGUGAGUAGUUGGGAAACGUUUUUUCAGCGCAUCGGAAUCGAGUUCGUCGCGGAAGCGGGUGUGAGAACUACAGCUGCAGGUGACAACAAUUUCUCGCACGCGACGAAGCUCCUGGACCGGUUCUACAAGAAGGCUGCGGAACGGAGCGAGCGUUUGGAGUACCAUUUCAGUAAUGCGGCCAAGGGCAUGUCCCGGAAGGGGCGCGGCAAACCUGGGAAUGAGCGAAGGAAGGGCGGCCUUUCCUGAGCGCCAUAAGGCUAGCGACCGCAGCGGCUGUCCUCACACAUGCAAAUAUGAUGAAACAGAAGCUAUGGUGUAUUUACACGUUCAAUUUUUGUACCCGUAUAUGAUGUUUUUUGACAUGUGAAUUUCGAUUCCUUAUAGAGGUUUUUACAAUGUUUGAUUGUUCCUCACGCACUACGUGGACAAGUAAUUUGUUGUUGAGAAUAUUUUUUGAAAAAAUUCUACGAUCUCAGUAAGAUCGUGGUCUUUACGGUGGAAAAUAAGCAUCUAGAAAAGAGGUCGUCGCAUCCAGACAGACAUACAAUACCAGAAACCUUGAUUCUCAUUUCAUGCAUGAUAUCGGAUCGGUUCUUAGCCGAUCAAGAAGACCGAAUUAUCUCCAGCUUGAAUGUUUUGUCUACUUUACUCAAUGCACUACGUAUUUGAAAGAGAGCGGCAUGC